AUGCCGAAAGAGUGGAGAUUCGUCGUCAGUAAUCGGCCAAGUGCCCUCAAGGCCAAAGCUGCCAGCAUUCGCGGCCAUGCCGCUUGCCAGGGUUGGAAAGCACACAAGAAGCCUCGAGGCCAGAAACGCCGCAGGGGCUUACCACCACUCAAAAAGACAACUUAUGAAUACGUAGCCGUGGACAUGCCAUCUUGUUGGUUUCCUCCUAUUGAGUACCAGCUCGGAGGUGGCCGAGUUGAUCCAUUCAGGGCUUAUCCGGGAUCCCAACAUCCCGCUAUUCCCGCCUUGGUAGAUCAUUACCUUAUCCACAUGGCUGUUAACAUCCCCGAGCUGGACCAACCAGGCAAUGCCGGGCUUCUCCGCUCAAGCUGGUUCCCCCUCGUCAUAUCUAACGAAUGCCCAUUCAAAGUAAUCCUCCUUCUGGCAGCAUCAAAUGCCGUCGCAAUCAACUACAAGCCAUACGCCUCUUGCGAUCUCGUUCAACUCCAUACCAACGCGAUCAAAGCCAUUAACAACGCUUUCGACAGCAACGAGAAGCGUGUUUGUGACGCUCUAAUUGGCGCCGUCGCCAAGAUGGCGAGCUUCGAGGCCAUGCAUGGAGAUGUCGGGUCGUACCGCAUUCAUAUGGAGGGAUUGUGCAAGAUGAUCGCCCUUAGAGGUGGGCUGGAUCAGCUAGGCCUCGAUGGCUUGCUGCGAAGGAUUGUGGUGUGGAUUGACAUCAACUCUUCUUUUCUGCUGCAAAUUCCUCGGUAUUUUCCUCAAGAUGGCUUUGUAGUUGGAGAGGAUUUCUACCGCGCAGGAGGUCUAGAUGAGAUCAGCAGUCUGCUGCUCAAGGAUGGCGGCAUUCUCCCCUACAGCCUGUCCCACUGCCGGAUGCCUCGUCAUCCUUAUUACCUAGAAGACCCCGUGGAGGAAGUGUUACUCUUGAUGUAUAGGCAGGACCUCCACGAGCACACUCUGAGAAGCCUAGUCGCUGUGAGGCCAUUGAUAGAAGCAGCUAAGAGUAGCAUGGACUGUUCCUCAUCUGUUCGCUUUGCAAGCUGCCAAGGACUCCAGGUUACCCAUCUCAGGCAAUUCCGCAAGAUCAAUAUCUCCCGGAGCUCAACUGUCCUCCAGGCCAUCAUGGCCAAAUAG